CUCCAAGUCCUCUUUGCCAUGUCGCCUUUUCCCGAGCCCGUCGUGAUGGAGGUGGUCGCCCUGACCGAGCCCGAGCCCGAGCCCCUCACCGCUAUCACGACGACACGAGACUCCAAGAGUGCCGCUAAAACAAAGGAGCCGCUGCCGAGCGCUCCGCUGACGGUGUGGACGGGUAGCACGUUCCGCGCCUUUGCCAACCUGCUGAAGACAAUGGUAGGGGCAGGCGUCCUCACCCUGCCACACGCGACCUCUAAAUUUGGACUCCUCGCGUCCGUGGUCGGCAUAGCGUUGGCGGGAUAUGGCACGUCUGCCGCCAUCAUUUUCGCGGUGCGCUGCAACGCCAAGGUGUGCGAGCGCGGUUCCGGAGGCGACGAGGUUGGCGUGUGGGAACGUAUUGGACGGGCGGCGUAUGGCCGGCUCGGCGUCGUGAGCAUCAUCAGCAGCUUGCUCAUCGCCCAGCUCGGCCUCAGCGCGGCUUACUAUGACUUUAUCGUUGAGACCAUCAUGCAGCACGCCGCCCUGAGCCACCUGCACGCGCUCGCUGUGACGUGGGUUCUCCUCACCCUGGUGUCGAUGAUCCGCAAGCUCAGCUCGGUCGCCAUCCUCUCCCUCGUCGGGCUGAUCACCUACAUCUACAUCAUCGCGCUCCUCGUCGCGUACUCUUCCGAGGCUCUGGACUGCUCCGCUGCAAAUGCAUCGCUCACGGCUGACCAGCUGCAGUGCGCCGCAAAGAACGGCGACAUCGCUGGCAUCUCUCCGAUCUGCCACCCUGGCGCCGCCGAGCCAAUCGCGAUGGCCACCUGGAGCGGCUUCGGCGCCUGGUUCGGCCCGGCCGUCUUUGCGUUUGAGGGCAUGGGCACCGCUAUGAGCAUCUACGCAUCCAUUGGCGAGUCGAUGGCUGAGGAUGCGCCGCCGGGCACCUCCUCGACCGUCGUGCGCCGGUACACCGACCGCGCCUUCCGCUGGGUGGUCGGCGGCGCCUACUCGUGCGGCGUCGUCAUCUAUGUCUGCGUCGGCGCCCUCGGCUACCUCGCCUUCGGAAGCAGCGUCGAGGGAACCAUCCUCAAGUCAUUCCCGGAGGGCCCGGCCAAGGCGAACGCGCAAAUCGUGCUUGCCGUGGUGCUCGGCUGCACCUUCGCGCUGCAGAUGAACCCCGUGUGGGGUGUCAUUGAGCCGGCCAUUCUCGGGCGCGGCGACUACUCGGCCGCUUGGCCUGUUCUCCGUGGCGUGGUGGUGGCGCUGAUCGCGAUCGCCUGCGUGCUCAUCCCCGCGGUGGACGCGAUGAUCUCUCUCUCGGGCGCGGUGGGCUUCUCCCUCCUGGGCUUUAUUCUGCCCGGCCUCUUCUUCCUCAAGCUCAACCCGAACGCGUCGGUUGCGGUCACGCUCGACCGCUCCGUCGCCGCGGGGCUGGAGAGCAUGGGGCGCGCCGAGUCGCCGGGGGCGUCAGCCAACGGCGGCUGGGGGGCGACGCUGCGCAAGAACGCCUUGGAUGUGGUCGUCGCCAUCGCGUUGGUCGCCAUCGGCUGCACUGGCUCUGUCCUCGGCGUCUAUGACGUGUUUCAACAGCAGCAGCAUCCGGACGCCGCCAUCGAGGCGUCACUGGGCUGCUCGCUUGAUGAGUAGGUUAUGGAAUCGCACCAUCAUUAGCAGCAGUAGCACAGCAUGCACUCGCGCUAUUCUGUAUAUUGCUCACCCGAACAACGUGAACGUGCAGCGUUUCUCCUCAUAGUGGCGGGUCUGUCUUGUGAGCGGUCUCUCUCUCUCUCUCUCUGUGCGAGCUCGGGUGUGCACGCUGAGAGCUAUACUGUACUGAGCUGUGUGCACUCGUGAGGCUCUGUGUGGUUCUGUGUGAUUGCCGUGCGGCGGGGUUGUAUGUCAGUCGCUGCUGUGUGGUCUUCUCUUUAACAAACACAAGCAAAAACUUCUCAGAGGUGUCCAUCCUCUCUCAUGAGGUGACA